AUGCCACGAACUAAGCAAACGGCCAGAGCCAGCACUGGUGGACUGGCUCCCCGAAAAAAACUCUGGGUUAGAUCACGAGCCCCUUCGACCUCUAGUGAAUCGAGUGGAUCUGAAGAUAGCGAUGACAACAUUGUUGAUGAACUGAAGGCAGCGGUGUCCCGCUUGAAUUUGGCAGAGGGUUCACUCCAAAGCGGUAUCAAGGUGGGAUACGACACACAGGCUCUUUCCGCUACGACACCAGCACCUGGCACGGUCGCACACACCUCGCAGCCUGCCUCUGCAGCUGCUGAAAUCACCGAGAGCUCUGAGAAACUAUCUCAGCUCAUGAAGCAGCGAUGGGAAUCUGCGGCAGACACUGUGCACGUGAGACCGGGUUACGAUAACUCUACGACUGCAGGAAAAAGUGGUUGA